UACCCUGAGAUCACAUGGGUCUGAGCUGAGCACGUGAUCGCAGCAUAAAAGUAUAAAGAAAGAUGCAGGAUAAGAGCUGCCUAACUCAAAGGCUUCUCAGACUCUGGAGAGAAGAGAACAAAAAGCCCAAAGAGAUACAAAAGAACGGAUAACAGUUACAGAACCCAAAGAGGCAAGAAUGGCACAGUGCACUGAAGGAAUGUCUCGGGACCUGUCGGAAGCCUUGAAGGAAAGCACCAAAGAGGUGCACGCAGAAGCAGAGAGCACAGAGUUCAUGAUGAGCUUCCAGAAGGGGAAGGUGUCGCUACGGGAAUUUAAGCUCUAUUUAGCUUCUCUGUACUACAUCUAUUUGGCUCUGGAGGAGGAGUCUGAGCGGAAUAAGGACAACCCAGUCUAUGCCCCUGUUUACUUCCCAGCUGAGCUGAAUCGCAAGGCUGCCUUGGAGGAAGACUUGGAGUAUUUCUAUGGCCCCACAUGGAGGAAGGAGCUCCAGUGCCACGAGGCAACUCAGAAGUAUGUGGACAGGCUUCAUCACGUGGGGCAGUAUGAACCUGAGCUUUUGGUAGCCCAUGCUUACACCCGAUACCUGGGAGAUUUGUCUGGGGGCCAGAUUCUGAAGAAGAUUGCCCAGAAGUCUCUCAAUCUGCCCAGUACCGGAGAGGGACUGUCUUUCUUCAACUUCCCUGGAGUGACCAACAUCAGCAAGUUCAAACAGCUUUAUCGUGCUCGGAUGAACAGUAUCCCCAUGGACUCUGAGACUGAGGAAAGAAUCCUCCUAGAGGCCAAGAAAUCUUUUCUGCUGAAUAUAGAGGUGUUUGAGGAGCUGCAGAGGUUGGUGAGUCAAGCACAACUGUUGGAGAAUGGCCACCUUGCCCAACCCAAGCUAGACCUUCAUGCAAGAGGAAUCAACAAAAAACACAGUCCAAAGGAAAGUGACCGGGCACAAAUGAGGCAUAAGGACAUACUGCCCAGCACGCCACUUCUGCGUUGGAGUCUUGCCCUUUUAUUCUUAGCAACAACAGUCGCCGUGGGCUUGUAUGUCAUGUGAACAGAAGGGACCUUAAACAUCUUUCACCAGCACUUGCCUAUUCCUAAACUAGCAGGUCUUUCCCUAAUGGAGGAAGACCUACUUAGAAGACCGAGAUCUGAGCUUAGCUGUUCUGAUAUUACUUACAACAUAAACAAGACAAAUGGUGUAAAAAUUCAGAAGGUGGCAUGAUGGAACAUUUCUCUAAACAUCCUGAAAUGCAUUUAAACAAGGAGAAAGCCACAAGGACAAAAGACUUUGCCAUCUAGGAUACCUGAGAAAUAAAUUUUGCUGCUGGAACUUUGUACCAUGUUUAUUUUGUACAACUGUCUCAUAUUAAUGUUGCUUGCUUCUCCUCAUCCUAAAACACAAUGCAUUGCUCAAACCAUGGUUUUAUGUGAGAUGUUUCUUUUUUUUUUAAACACAUUUGCACCUCUGCAACAAGUUUUGCAAAAACAUACACCAAAAUAUCCUCUUGUAUUUGCAACUUGCCUUUAUGAAGUAUAUGCAUAACUAUUAAAGCUGCCUACGUAUUUACUGAA